AUGUCUGACCACACAAUUUCCGUGACUCUCACUCAGAUUGCCAAGAUGAUCGACCACUCUCUCCUCCACCCAACCAUGACCGACUCUGACAUCUUCUCCGGUCUCCGAACUGCCAGAGAGAGCAAUGUUGCCACUGCUUGCGUUAAGCCGUAUCUCAUUCCCCUCGCAAAGAAAGAGCUAUCCGGCAGCGACGUCCAGGUCUGCCCUGUGAUCGGUGAGAUCGAUAUGGUUAUCAAUGUUGGCAAGGCGCUUGGGGGUGACUGGGAGUAUGUCUCUCAGGAGAUUGAUGCCAUCAACCGCGCUGUCGUGAGCCGUGGCGCUAUUCUCAAGGUCAUCUUCGAAAACGAUUAUCUUGAGUCUGAGCACAUCAUUGAGCUCUGCAAAAUUUGUACGAAGCUUGAGGUUGCCUUUGUGAAGACCUCGACUGGCUAUGGCUUUGUGAAGCAAACCGAUGGCUCCUACAAUUACCUCGGCGCUACAAUCAAGGACCUCAAGCUCAUGCGCGCGCACUCCGGUCCCGGUGUUCAGAUUAAGGCUGCUGGUGGGGUUCGCACUCUUGAUGAUCUACUCCAUGUCAUGAGUAUCGGUGUCACUCGGAUCGGAGCUACGGCAACAGUCGCUAUCCUGAAUGCUGCCAAGGCCCGAGGUAUCGGUGAGCAGCCAGUGACCGUUUCUUUUCAGCCUAUGACUGAGAAGGCAGGCGGGUACUAA